GUUGGAAAAGACGGUGUACCACUUCCAGCAGACCAGCAAGGUCAAGGUUUAAACGAAGAUGAAAUUAACAAUAUUGUUACGGAGCGUGUUCGUACUCGUGUUAAUGAGAUGAAAGAAACACAAGACUAUAAGGACUUUUUGCGUCAUAAACAUGGCUUGAAAGGUGGUUCAACUUCUUAUCAAGAUUUUGUUGAUAAUGAUAAUAUUACCAUUAAAAUGCCAAAUAAGGUUGGUUUGAUGCAGUCGGAGUCAUUGUUUGGUUAUCUUAAUAGGAAGUUUUGUUAUACUCACCUUAAUAAAAAAGGUGAGGUUAUUCGUAAUAGUAAAGGUAAUGUUUGUUACGUUCACACGAAACGUUAUAUUAAUGCACGUUAUAAUAAUUAUGAGAAGAAUAUUGAUAAAAUAGUUUUGGCUUAUCGUAAGGCUUUAAACUGGUUUGUUACAACUCUUAACGCUGAAGUUGGCUUAACUGAUGAUGAUUUGCGUAAAAUAGCUUAUUACAAUUAUACUUACCGUUUUCGGUUGUUGUCUUAUGAGCAAUUUAAUAAAUUGACUUAUGAGCCUCAGGCUGAUGAUUUAAUGUUUAAUUUAGAUUCUAUCUUAAUGCUGGAUAAAAAGGAACAAUUUGUGCAAGGUGUUUAUCUUCCUUUUACUUCGUUUUUUACUGAACAUGAAUAUUAUGCUACUAUGCUGGAUUCAGUUCUUGAACGUUAUCAGUUUGUUGGAGAUUCGGAACGAUAUGUUAAAUAUGAAAAUGUAAAGCGAGCUCGUCAGCGUUUGGCUGGUUUAUCGGUUGUUCACUAUUGA